AUGGCUCAAUCAUUCCAUGGCGGGCCGACAUCGAAAGAACGCAAGUAUGAUCGCCAGCUGCGGCUCUGGGCUGCUAGCGGCCAGCAAGCCCUAGAAGACUCUCGUGUGUUGCUCGUGAACUCUGAUGGCCCCCUAGGUGCCAACAGUACCGGAGUCUCCGGUGUGGUCGGUGUGGAGGCUCUUAAGAACCUCGUACUACCAGGCAUCGGUGGUUUUACCAUCGUGGACCCAGCAAUUGUCACGGAGGCUGACUUGGGCGUGAACUUCUUUCUGGAGGAGCAAUCGCUUGGCAAAUCUCGUGCAGAGGAGACUUGUCGCCUGUUGAGAGAGUUGAAUCCUGAUGUGCAUGGAUACUUUAACUCCCAGCCCAUCACCGAUCUACUUCACGAUCCAGAUUUCUUGCCCCAGCACAAGUUGGUGAUCAUUUCUGGCCCAACCAAGCGCUCCUCGUUGGACCCGCUCAUUCAAAGAGCUCAAGAGCUGGCAAUUCCUGUGCUAUACACCCACUCUGUUGGGUUCCUUGCGACGUUCUCCCUUCAACUUCCUGCUGAAUUCCCCAUUGUGGAAACUCACCCGGACCCAGAAUCCGCGCAGGACCUACGACUUUUGCACCCCUGGCCGGAGCUUGUCGCUGCUACUUCGGCCCUAGGUGAUCUGGAUGCCAUGGAUGAUCACCAGCACGGACAUGUUCCAUACAUUCUACUCCUGCUUUAUUUCCUCGAGCAGUGGAAGCAGGCCCAUGGAGGAAAUGCGCCUGGCAACUACAAGGAGAAGACCGAGUUCCGAGAAUUCGUGCGCUCCCAAGCACGCACCAGCAACCCAGAAGGCGGCGAAGAGAACUUCGACGAAGCAGUAGCAGCCGUCCUGAAGACCGUCUCCCCGCCUACAAUUCCCAGCACCAUCCGUGAGAUCUUCGAGUUGGAUCAAUGCCAGAACCUCACCGGUGAAUCCGUGGAUUUCUGGCUCAUUGCACACGCCAUCCACUUCUUCUACAUGACUCACGGCGUCCUGCCACUUCCUGGCUCCCUGCCCGAUAUGAAAGCCCAAUCAGCAGACUACGUAUCGCUGCAGAAUCUCUACAAGGCCAAAGCACGCCGCGAUGUGGAGGAAGUCACUUCCACGGUGCGACAGCUAGAGACCCAGCUCGAUCGACGCGUCCCUCCAAUUCCCGACCGUGAUAUCGACGCGUUCUGUAAGAAUGCCGCGCAUAUCAAGGUUGUGCACGGCCGACAAAUCCCCCAGAUCAGCAGCAACAGUGACGCAGUCACCUUGAAAGCAAUUAGGAGCCAGCUCGGAAUCCCCGACUCCCUGGUCUCAGUGUUCAUCGCGACACAGAUUCUCGACGGUGUAGUCGACGAAAUACAAGAUGAGUCGAACGACCGGCGCUUCAUUAAUGACGAUACCUUGUGGAAGAGCCACACAGAGCGAAUCCUGGCCCUGUUGACGCGGGAUGACCCGACUCCGCUGGACUCCGAAGUUCGCGAUAACAUCAACAAAGCUAUUCAAGAGCUGCGCCGUGCCGAGGGUGGUGAACUGCACAAUAUUGCCUCGUUGGCGGGUGGUUUGGUCGCACAAGAGUCGUUGAAGGUGAUUACGAAGCAGUACGGACCGUUGGAUAAUACCUGCGUGUUCGAUGGUGCGCGCAGUCGGAGUGAGAUGUAUAGACUGUGA